GACAAACAUGAAACCCUGGAGGUUCUCUUCUGGUUCUCUUCCGUCUCCUUCUCCUUCUCCUGCUACAAUGCCAAAGAAAGACCCAAAACCAUGGAGACCCUUUAGUGGAAAGUACUGCUGUUCAGUUGAUGAUCACAUAGUCUUUGGAAAUUUCAGCCGGUGUAGACCAUCACGGUCGGAAUUCUCAAAGAAAGUCGCCGAAUUACCAUCUUUUCGCUGGUUAUCUAUCUCUGAUCUUAGUAGUAGUACUUCAUCAACACGUAUAAAUGAAGAUCUGGCUCACUCUUUUGGUCCUGAUUUAUUUGAUUUUCAACUAAGUGAGCUACGUGCUAUAACCCAAAAUUUCUCUAGCAAUUUCUUAUUGGGAGAAGGUGGGUUUGGUACUGUUCACAAAGGCUACAUCGAUGAAAAUUUAAGGUCAGGGUUAUUGAAGCCUCAAGCUGUUGCUGUUAAGAUUCUAGACAUUGAAGGUCUGCAAGGCCACCGGGAAUGGCUGGCGGAAGUGAUUUUUCUUGGGCAACUGAGGCACCCAAAUUUAGUAAAAUUGAUUGGAUACUGUUGUGAAGAUGAAGAUAGGCUUCUGGUUUAUGAGUUCAUGCCUAGAGGAAGUUUAGAGAAUCAUCUCUUUAAGAGGAUCUCUGUAUCGUUGCCCUGGGGAACCAGGAUUAAGAUAGCGAUCGGAGCUGCCAAAGGCUUAGCUUUCUUACAUGGUUCUGAGAAACCCGUAAUAUACCGGGAUUUCAAGACUUCUAAUGUUCUACUGGACUCUGAUUUCUCGGCUAAAUUGUCCGAUUUCGGGCUUGCGAAAAUGGGCCCAGAGGGAUCUAAUACACAUGUUACAACUCGAGUGAUGGGAACUUAUGGAUAUGCAGCACCAGAAUAUGUCACCACAGGGCAUUUAACUGCUAAAAGUGACGUUUAUAGCUUCGGGGUCGUACUAUUAGAGCUACUAACUGGAAGAAGAGCAAUGGACAAAACAAGGCCUAAGAGUGAACAAAAUCUCGUUGAUUGGGUGAAACCAUACUUGACAAGUAGCCGGAAGCUGCGCUAUGUCAUGGAUCCGAAACUUUCCGGCCAGUAUUCCGUCAAGGGAGCACGUGAAAUGGCUUCUUUGGCACUAAAAUGUGUGAGUUCUCAUCCUAAAGAUCGACCAAAAAUGUCCGUGAUUGUCGACACACUUGAAGAGCUCCUACAUCUAAGGGACAUGGCUGGUACUUGUGGGCAAUGGCCAGUAUCACCAAAAUCUACCAAGAAUGCAACAUCUAUUAACGGAAGAAGGGACAGUAAGCUUGGGGGUUAUAGGAGACAAUCUCCGGUUGCUCCGAGCCAGAAAAUUUAAUCACACUUCUCUUGAAAUUGAAGCAUUCUCAAGUGUAGAGAGUCAUUGUACAUACUAUAUGUAUUAAGAGUAAUGUAUGAAAAAAAUAAGA